UAGUAUGAUCACAGUGGGGUUCAAGCUAGGGAUAAUGCUUGAAAUAUUCUCUACAACAAUACUUAGAUCGCCUUGUUCAGUGUAAAGCCGUAAAUAUUCAAAUGAAGAAAUUUUGUUAUGAAUUACUAACUCCGCCUUUGUACUCCUCCAUGUUACAGCCUUACAGGCUACAUAUUACUCCCUUCGUUUUUUUUCUUCUCCGAGAACUGGCAUAGAAAUCAAGCAGAGCCUCCCUGAUGAAAUAUAAUGAUCCAUAUUAGGACUGCUUAAGCUUAAGACGACAUUUACACAACAUCUUCCUCAAACAUACCUUAUGAUACCUUCAUCUUAGACACAUAUUUAAACAAAUUGUCAAUCAUUUUGACCUUAGAAGACUGAGUCCUUACUGAUGCCUUGUAUCGUGAAAUCACUGGCCAUUCCCUAGAGUUAACAACCUAAAGAGCGUAAAAACAAACAACAUUAGGUAAUAUGAUAGGAAAUUUUCCUUAGUCAAUUUUUUGGAAAUGACUGUUAAAGGACCAUCUCAACCAAAAGUUUAAACUGAUGGUUGAGGCCUAGGAAUAUGUUUUAUACUCUAUCACUCCUCCUCACAUGAAAGGCCCUUUGGGCUUGAAAUGUGGAUGCAACACAGGCCCACCCAUACCUGAUGCGAAUUAAUUCCACUUUGAAGGAGAGGCGGAUGAGAUUCGAACCCGUGACCUUUGUGUCACGCUGGCUCCGAUACCAUGUGGAAUUAAUUCGGCACCCUUCCCUCCCCAACCCCAGUCCAACUCUCUCCUCAAACUCGGCCCACAGCCCAGCCGACCCACUCCAUGGCCACUAGAGCCAAAUGUGGGAUAUUCAAGCCCAAUCCCAAAUAUCAUCAAGCUCAUGUCACUACUCCUGCUAUCUCACCUUUGCCUAAAAACCCGAAAGUUGCUAUGCUUGAUCAUAAUUGGAAUACGGCCAUGCUUGAGGAAUAUAAUGCUCUUACUAAACAGCACACUUGGGAUCUUGUUCCAAGACCAGACGGGGUGAAUAUUAUUCGCUGUAUGUGGUUGUUUAAACACAAAUACAGGGAAAAUGGUGAAUUAGAAAGACACAAAGCAAGACUUGUUGUAAAUGGCAAGUCUCAACAGGUUGGAGUUGAUUGUGAUGAGACUUUUAGUCCUGUGGUGAAACCGGCAACGAAUCGUACUGUUUUGAGUAUUGCUAUGGGUAGGGAUUGGCCCAUUCAUCAGUUAGAUGUUAAAAGUGCUUUUCUUCAUGGGGAUCUCAAAGAAACUGUGUUUAUGCAUCAGCCUCCGGGUUUUGUAGACCCAAAUUCUCCUACUUAUGUCUGCCGAAUUCGCAAAUCUCUUUAUGAUUUAAAACAGGCCCCCCCGAGCGUGGUAUCAAUGUUUUGCUAACUAUCUUUUGCAGAUUGGUUUCACUUGCAGCAAGAGUGAUAAUUCCCUAUUUAUUUUGCGACAUGGUUCUAAUGUUGCUUAUCUCUUACUCUAUGUUGAUGACAUUUUUGUA